AAAGUUUGUGAUUUCAGGAAAGUGUCCAGUUAGGAAAUUGGAGUUCGGGAAAUUUUCUUCGGAAAUGUAUAUACGGGAAGUAGUACAGUUAUUGGUUAGCCAAUUUAUACAUGCUCAGAAAAUGCCACUAGUAUUGGAUCCAACACAUAAAGCAAAUUAUAUAUAUAAUGGGCUAAAUAUCUUGGAAAAUUAG